GCGUUUUCUCAAGUCUCAACCUGUCAGCAUUUAAACCAUUCGGUUCAUCCACCGUUUGCUCAAUAUUUGGAAAAAUUUUCUUAGCAUACAAACACAUUCAUUUAUUUCCUUUUAUCUAUCCUGGAAGAUCACAACAAAUUAAUUACACAGAAGAGUCCCACAAAACUUUUCUUGGGUCCAAAACUUUUCUUGGUUGUUGGGCAUUAACAGUUUCCUACUUACCUCUGAGUUUUGUCAAAGAAAGAUCCAGGUCUAAUACGCAAUAACACUGAACUCAAGCCGGUUCCCAAAUUAAGUUGUUUUAAAUGUGGUCAUGUGUUUGGAGUUGGAUCACCACUUGGCAACACGAUGGAUGCACCUUCCUAGUUCCUAUACACUUGGCACUUUCGUCUACCACGUGUUUGUGAUAUUUAGUAGAGAUGAACUGAAGUGAGAACCUCUGCAUAGUUUGUUUUGCCGCAAAGUAAAAAUGGCCACAAAUACUAGUGCAUGUCCGGCAGCCAUGCAGGCUACAUCAAAUGGGUUGUUCCAAGGGGAUAAUCCUCUUCAUUUUUCACUCCCUCUUGCCAUCGUGCAGAUAUGUCUUGUGGUUGCACUCACACGUAUUCUUGCUUUUCUUUUGAGGCCAUUAAGACAGCCUCGGGUGAUUGCAGAGAUUGUGGGUGGAAUAUUACUUGGUCCAUCUGCUCUAGGUCGUAACCAGGACUAUCUAAAUGCAAUUUUUCCAUCUAGAAGCCUCACAGUGUUGGAUACUUUAGCCAAUCUUGGUCUGCUCUUCUUUUUAUUUCUUAUAGGCCUAGAGUUAGACCCAAAGUCAAUUCGUCGGACUGGAAAGAAAGCUUUAUGCAUAGCCAUGGCGGGAAUCAGCUUUCCCUUUGCAUUAGGAAUUGGAACAUCAUUUGUCCUCAAAGGAAGUAUUUCCAAAGGUGUAGACGGACCCCCAUUUCUUGUAUUCAUGGGGGUUGCCCUUUCUAUUACUGCCUUCCCUGUCUUGGCCCGAAUUUUGGCUGAACUUAAGCUAUUAACCACUGAUGUUGGCCGAAUGGCCAUGUCAGCAGCAGCAGUCAAUGAUGUGGCUGCAUGGAUUCUACUUGCUCUUGCCAUUGCCCUCUCUGGUACUGGCCGCUCUCCUCUUGUUUCAUUAUGGGUUUUCUUGUGUGGAGCGGGUUUUGUUCUAUGUUUGUCAUUCAUUGUCCCUCCUAUCUUUAAAUGGAUGGCACAGCGUUGCCCCGAGGGUGAGCCAGUUGACGAGUUGUAUGUAUGUGCUACUUUAGCUGCAGUUUUGGCAGCUGGGUUUGUCACUGAUGCUAUUGGAAUUCAUGCCCUCUUUGGUGCAUUUGUCAUGGGAGUUCUUGUCCCAAAGGAAGGGCCAUUUGCAGGUGCUCUUGUGGAAAAAGUUGAGGAUCUUGUAUCGGGUCUCUUCCUUCCGUUGUACUUCGUCUCAAGUGGAUUGAAAACCAAUAUAGCUACAAUUCGAGGACCUCAGUCAUGGGGUCUUCUUGUUUUAGUCAUUGUUACAGCAUGUUUUGGGAAGAUUGUUGGUACUGUAGUUGUCUCCCUUCUUUGCAAAGUGCCUGUUCAGGAGGCUGUAGCUUUGGGGAUCCUGAUGAAUACUAAAGGCUUGGUGGAACUCAUUGUCCUCAACAUUGGCAAAGACAGAAAGGUAUUGAAUGAUCAAACAUUUGCUAUCAUGGUUCUGAUGGCUAUCUUCACAACCUUUAUUACGACACCUUUAGUUAUGGCAGUAUAUAAGCCAGCUAAAAGAAUGAGUAAGGCCUAUCACAAGUAUAGAACAAUUGAGAGAAAUGAUUCAAAUGCUCAACUUCGGAUUUUGGCCUGUUUCCACAGUACAACAAACAUCCCCGCGAUGAUUAAUCUCAUUGAGGCUUCACGUGGGACUGAAAAGAAGGAAGGACUUUGUGUGUAUGCAUUGCAUCUCAUGGAGCUAACUGAGAGGCCAUCUGCAAUUCUGAUGGUCCACAAGGCAAGAAGGAAUGGGCUACCCUUUUGGAAUAAGGGGCGGCAUUCAGAUCACAAUCAAAUUGUCGUAGCUUUUGAGGCCUUCCAGCAGCUAAGCCGAGUGUCCAUUCGCCCAAUGACGGCAAUAUCUCCAAUGACUAACAUUCACGAGGACAUAUGCACGAGUGCUGAGAGUAAAGGGGCAUCAAUGAUAAUUCUCCCAUUCCACAAACAUCAGAGGAUUGAUGGAGCAUUGGAGACAACUCGAAAUGAUUAUCGUUGGGUUAACCGGAGAGUUCUUGAGCAUGCACCAUGCUCUGUGGGGAUCUUGGUGGACCGUGGACUUGGUGGAAGCACCCAUGUGUCUGCAAGCAAUGUUUGUUCAACCAUAACUGUCUUAUUCUUUGGGGGUGGUGAUGAUCACGAAGCCCUUGCCUAUGGGGCUCGAAUGGCUGAACACCCUGGUAUUAGUUUAACAGUCAUUCACUUCAUAAUAAGCCCUGAGAUUGCACAAGAGGUUGUUAAUGUUAAAGUUAAUAUUGGUGAAACCUCCAAUACUUCAGAAGGAUCUGGAGAUGAAAAGUUUCUUGUUGAAUUCAAACAAAAGUUUUUAAAGGACAGCUCAAUCAAAUUUGAAGAGAGAGUUGUGAGAAAUGCUGCAGAAACUAUUGAUGUCAUUUUAGAAUAUAGUCGAUGUGAUCUGUUUUUGGUCGGUAGAAUGCACGAGGUUACUACUUUGAAUGUGAAGAGUGAUUGCCUUGACCUGGGCCAAGUUGGUAGCUUGUUGACUUCUCCUGAUUUCUCAACAUCAGCAUCAGUAUUGGUGGUGCAACAGUAUCAUAACCAGAGAGUUUCAAAUUCAGGGUCUUCUAAUACAGUAGUAAUAUUACCGGAUGAAGUUGCAGAUGUGUUGCCUGAGGAAGAUUUGGAAUCUAAAUGAUUAACUGUGAUGUCCUAAUUUGAUUGAUUGUGUGAUGUAUGUGGGUGUGUGAUGAGUCCUACAUCGGGUAUUUACUGAGUUGAACUGGGCUUUAUUAAUAACUGCAAAGAGCCUUAAUUGCGACUAGUCCUUUUGAGGUAUAUGGCAGAUGUGGCUAGCGCUUUUCCUUGAGUCGUUACAUAUGGUAUCAGAGCCGGUCCGGUAAUCCCAUGUGGGCUCAGAGACACUACCCCACAAAGUGGGUCCUAAUGAGGACGUUAGGGAUUUAAGUAGGGGAGAUUGUGAUGCCCCAAUUUGAUUGAUUGUGUGAUGUGUGUGGGUGUGUGAUGAGUCCCACAUCGGGUAUUUACUGGGUUGAACUGGGCCUUAAUUGUGACUAGUCCUUUUGAGGUAUAGCACAGAUGUGGCUAGCGCUUUUCCUUGGGUCGUUACAUUAACUUUAUUUGAUCUAUUAAUGUACAGAAAAAAAAAAAAAAAAUUUUUUUUACACUCUUUAGUUUUCCACAGUUGUUACAGUUUAUA